AUGCCCGUUCCGAAGAAGGAUGGAAUAGCCGGCGGAGGCUCUGGGGGCAAGCAGAAUGGAAGCCGAGCUUCUUUCCGAACCGAUGCAGCCAUCUCCAAAAACCGAUUCGGCAAUGAACGAGUUCUUCAACCCUGGGUUCCCGACUCGAACGACACUUUCAAUGGCAGUCUUGAGAAGUCCAGCGGCAGCGGCACCUGGGACCAGUUCGCCGAGAACGAAAGGCUAUUCGGACUGAAGACUAACUACGAUGAGAACUUUUAUACCACCGCCAUUGAUAAGAGCCACCCUGAAUACAAGGAGCGGAUAGCUGCGGCAGAGAAGAAGGCGCGUGAAAUUGAACGCAGUGCACCUACUACUGCUCACGUGGCCGAGGAACGUGUCAUGGACUACGUCGGUGGAGAUGAUGGGGGUGAUGAAGAGGACAAGUACAGCGGAGUUCGACGCCAGGACUUCCCACCUCUGUCAGCUGGCCGUGAGAACAAAUAUACCCCACCAGCCAAGCGCGCACCUACAGCCCAGUCUACUGUUAAAGGGGCUCCUUUUGACCCUGCUAUCAUCUCCUCUCAGAUCAAGGCACCACCAAAGAAGCAGCCCACGCCCGUCCCCGAAGAGACGAAACCUCAAAGUUCUAACGCAAACAAGAAUGGGUCAGUCCCCAAGACUGAUGCGCAGAAGGUUUCUGCGGAGACCAAAGUUACAGAAGUCACCGCCAAUGACACCAAGUCUGCCAACGCUAAAGCGGCCGAGACCAAGACAAACGAUGCCUCUCCAGCUGCCCCCUCUGCUGGAAGUCAAGCCGCCCCUGCACCCAGUGCCACUUCCACAGUCGAGCAUGAUGUGCUGAAGGAGUUCAAAACAUUCGCCAGCCAACAGCGACAGAAUGCCGAGAAAGCCCGAAGCAACAAAGCCAAGCAGGAUAAGGAGGUGAAGCUAAUCGAACUGAAGAAGUUUGCCAACUCGUUCAAACUUUCAACCCCUGUGCCUACAGACCUGGUUUCUAUCAUUGCCAAGGACCCGCUCAAGCAGCAAUUGAUCCAGGCCAAAGCUAUGAAGAAUGCCGAGGAGGUGGCCAAGGCUAAGGCUACUGUUGUGACGAAGGACAAUGUCACGCCGUCCAAAGAAUCUCAGACCAAAGCCACUGGGCAAGGCGCACCAGCGACUGCUGGCACUUCAGUUCCCCCAAGCGACACCCGAGCAGGUCGUGUCCCAGCCAGCGCUCAGUCUACACCUACAGCUGGGGGCCAGCCCCGUCACCCUGGUGCUCGCCAGCAGUACCCUCAGCAACCCUAUCACGGACAGCAAUACCGCAACAACCGCGGUGGCUCGCAUGUCCCUCCCCAACAGCAGACUGGCAAUUUGGCCCAACGACUGCGCAAUGUUGAGCAGCAGAAGUUCUCUCAACCUCCUGUACCUCACCAGGCUCAUGUACCAGGUCAGGAGAUUCGAGCUCCCCCGACAGGGCCGGCCAGCGGAGUUGAGUCUGGCUAUAAUCGACGUCUUAGCGGUAACCCUAGUCAUAUGGGCGCAAAGUUGAACCCCAACAGCCACGAGUUCAGGCCCAGCCCGUUCGCAGCCGCCUUUAACCCCAAUAGCCAUGCCAGUGCCUCUUCAAGCCCCCAAUCCGCCGCUAACAACGUAGAGGCUUCAGCAAACAACGCGGGUUCCGAGGGUCAGCUCAUCCGCCGCAAGACCAAGGCCAUCGACGUCAAGAAGUGUUAUAUUCUCUCUCAUAUCAAGACCUUGAAGCCUCCCCAAGGUAGAAACUGGGAUGAAAAUACUGGCCUGCGCCCCUGCUAUGAUACUCUGCCGACCUGGCGACAGCUUCAGGAUAACGAGAAGCCGGAAUCUACCAUGCGUCUUACUUACAAGGAGUAUUUCGAGAGCCAGCCAUUUGGCGGUCCUGCACUAGCUACUCCAAACCCGCAGCACGUUGUUCCUCAGAUUCCUCAUCAACACCAGCUGCCUUUCCAUCUCCAGCACGGUGCGCAUAACAUGGCUCCUAGGGGAUCCCCUCAUAUGCCCCCCAUGCAGAUGCACACCCCUCAGCACGGCCAUGUUCCUCACCCGCCAUACGGCAAUGACGAUCACCGGAUGAUGCAUUCCAACUCGGCUCAAUCUUUCGCUUCCCCUCGCCUUGGCAAUGUCCCUGUGGCAUAUAACUCACCACAAGUGCAAUACAACCAGGCAGUUUUCAUGGGACCUGGCACGCCUCAGAUGAACCAGUUCCGCAACUUUUCUAACAACCAUCAGUACAUGGCUCCCCAGCAGGGUCAGAUGGGAGGCCCUAUGAUGAUGCCUCAGCAGUUCAUGCCUGGGCCUCAGGGCAUGGUUCCUGGCCCGCAGAUGAUGUAUCCUGGAAGUCACCCAGGAUUCAUGCCUCCAUCUGCACCUCAGCCAGUGCCCAGUGUUAACGGCUACCCCAGUCCUGGUCGUCCUGCGGCGCCUAUGAUGGCACAUCAGGGAUCGCAACAGGGACAGCCUAUGUACGGCAUGAGCCCCAACGUGCAGUACAACCAGCCGGUCUUCAACCCAGGCCAGCAAGGCGGCCCAAUGAGGGGUGGAUAUGGCAGCCCGGGACCUCAGCACUUUGGUACAAGUCCCCAUCAGGGCCACCAGUAUGGUGGGCAGCAUCGAAGUGGAAGCAACUAUAACAAGGGAUACGGAGGCCAGGGUGCGAGCCAGACACCUCAGGCCAGCCAUGCGGUGCCUGCAGCGACCCAAACUCGAACUUCUGAGACACCAGAAGAGGCCAAAUAG